CCGCCUCGGACUCUCCGCUGGAGGAGUUGGACUCUACCCCUUCUCUGGACCCGGAAUUUACCCGGGACGAAACAGUAAAGGACUCAAACAAGACACAGACUUUCCAGUUUAAGCUAACAACUUUAGACUUUAAUCUGACAGCUCCGAUCCAGAUCCUGCAGGUCCUGACUCGUCUCCCGCUGUUUUCCAGGUGUAGAGUCAACGCCCUCAUAAUGAGUCUGAGCUCCAACGACCUCACUGAGCUCAUGGAGCUGUGGGAGGAGCUAAACCUGACCGCUGCCGACCACUACAACCUGUCCCACGUGGAGACGCUGCUGUGUUCAGGCGCCGUCAGCCACGCCGCCUUCCUCCACGUCCUCUCCGUCCUCUACGUCUUCAUCUUCCUGGUGGGCCUCGCCGCCAACACCCUGGUGGUCUGGGUCAACCUGCGCUCUGACAGGAACCGCUACGAGACACACCUGUACAUCCUGAACCUGGCCGUGGCCGACCUGUGCGUCGUGGCCACGCUGCCGGUCUGGGUGACCUCGCUGCUGCAGGGCGGUCGCUGGCCGUUCGGUGAGGCCAUCUGCAAACUCACCCACCUGGUCUUCAGUGUGAACCUCUUCAGCAGCAUCUUCUUCCUCACAUGCAUGAGCGUCGACCGCUACCUGUCCGUCACGCUGUUCGCCGACGCCCCUGACAGCUGCAGGAAGAAGGCGGUGCGACGGCUGAUCUGUGUACUGGUUUGGCUGCUGGCGCUGGUGGCCUCCAUCCCCGACACCUACUUCCUGCAGGCGGUGAAGUCGUCGCACUACGACGGUGCCGUCUGUCGGCCGGUUUACCCGUCUCACAACCCGAGGGAGUGGAUGGUGGGUGUCCAGCUGAGCUUCAUCGUCCUCGGCUUCGCCAUCCCUUUCCCCGUCAUUGCCAUCUUCUACCUACUCCUGGCGGCGGCAAUCCCCCCCAGCUCAGACCAGGAGCGCCGCAUCAGCCGCCGGAUCAUCCUCACGUACAUCAUGGUCUUUCUGGUGUGCUGGCUGCCGUUCCAUGCCGUCCUCCUGCUGGACACGCUGUCGCUGCUCAACGUGUUCCCCUUCAGCUGCUGGCUGGAGAACUUCCUGGACGUGGCGCUGCACCUGACGCAGUGCUUCUCUCUGGUCCACUGCUGCAUCAACCCUGUCCUGUACAACUUCAUCAACAGGAACUAUCGCUACGACCUCAUGAAGGCCUUCAUCUUCAAGUACUCUACCAAGACGGGGCUCACCAGGAUCAUUGACGCCUCGCACGCCUCCGAAACUGAGUACUCGGUGGUGACAAUGGAGAACAGCGCCCUGAUGUGAACUCUUAUUGAGACUUAAAUGCUUCUUGAGACAUAUCAGUGCCUCCUCUACCUGCUCCUAGAAGCAACAGACUCUCCCAGCAACUUCCUGAACAAGAACUACCACUUGGACCACCAAGGCAGAGCUCCCCAAGCUCGUCAACGCUUCCAAUGCCUCAGAGACUGAGUACUCAGUGGUGGAGAUGGGCAGUGUCCUGAUUUGAAGUUACGACUUGCAAACACUUCUGACAACCAGUAAACCCUCCUUAAGAUUUGUGAACGCUUAUGAAGACUUUGUUUUCCAAGAUUUGGGCACAUCUGUUAGAACUUGGGAGCACUCCUCAAAACCCGCUAAAACUCGCUUUCGAAGACCUAGCUGCCUUUGCUAACAAUCACAGCCAGUUGGGACUGGUUCAAAACUGCACCUGAAUUUUCAGUGUUUUUUUCAUGCUGGAGAUUCAGAGUCCUGCCACAGCAGAUCCACACCAACACAAUCCUUUACACAGACAUAACACUAAAUAAUACUUCUACUAAUACCAUAGCACACCACACUGAAUAUCGGAGAAAACCAGUUUUCUCGAAACAGAGUAAUAAAAGUAAAUCAGACUCCAGGUCAUAUUGAUUAUAAAAGCCACCUCUCCGGCUUUGCAGGCAUCCUGAUCUCUGUGGGCCCCAGGCCCCUUUGUGCCCAGCAGAUCAUUAAUCCAUCCUUGAGUAUGAAUCAAUACCUAUCUGGGAUCAAAAUAAAUCCAUCAUAAGGGGUCUCACCAGGUGACCAAGAGUACAUUACAGUGUGUGGACUGGGCUGUCGACAGCUUAUAGACUUUCUGUCAGCGGUUUGUCCUGACAGUCAAAACUGAGGGCUGAAAUAAGUUAAGUAGCACUUCAGACACCGACAGAGUAAUGACAGUCAACACACACAGACACACUUUACUGUCUGUUUCUGCUGUCAGUGUGUGUGUGUGUGUGUGUGUGUGUGUGUGUACAUCAGAGUCCACAGGUGUGUAUCACCAUUUACAGAAAUCACAGAAGAAGACAAACACGUGAGCUGAAACAGGUAAACAGGCCGAGUUAUUACAACAGAAAAUAAAUCAAACCUGUAAACACGUUGAAGGAGAAUAUUUUACAAUGUUAUAUUCUGUGAAUAUAUUUAUAUCAUGUUUUUACAUUUCAUUCCAUGAAGGUGUUUGUGUCGUGACUUUUCCUUUUCACUUUGUUUUAAUUUCUCAAUAAUUUCCCAUAAGUUUUCUGGAAAGAACAAAGAAGUUAAAGGGAAAAUUCAGUGUAGAGUAGGUACAUGUUCAAAUCGAGAGCAUACAAUUUAACAUAUACAAACAAGAACACAGUUUACAAUAAUAAAGGGAUCAUUCAUAAAUAUACUUCUUUCCAGGAAACUUUAUCAAGGAGUCUCAAAACUGAAAAAAUGUAGAAAAAAGUUUGGAUCAGACAAGUCAGAAAUAAAACUGUUAGUUCGAUAAUUAAAAUGUACUUUUCUUUAUCAGUUCAUCAAAUAAAAUAAAACUGUUUUGUGAUAACUCAACGUGUCUACUAUCUUUUUAGAAUCAUGAUGCGUAAACGACUGGAAAUGUAAUUGGUCUUCUUCUCGAAAUAUAAAGGAUAAAACAUGGAGUCGGAGACGAGGACGCUGCCAGAUUCAGACCAAACUCUGUGCAAAAACACGAUUGUUUUCUGUUUUAAUUUUCAUUCUUAUCAGGUUGUUGAAAAACGGACCCUUGCAACAUCUUCAAGGACACAUUUAAUCAUUUAUCUGACCCUUAUUUGUCUUUUUCCUCUCCCAGUUUAUUCUGUUUUGUCAGUUUUCAGGUUCCAAACG